UAUUUAAGAAACGUGUAUUGGGCAAACCUCGAUAACUAUCUUAACAGGUAGUAGCAAACUGGAGUAGCGCAAAAAUGGGUGAAAUACUUAUGCGGCUUUAAAGAAAAAAACGUUUCCUUUAAUCUAAUUUAACGUAAUAUCAACAACGAGUGUUUCUUAACAAGAAGGUGUAAACUAGAGGUGCUCACAAAAGCCUGAACUAGAUAUAUGUAUGGAUCUAUAAGAGGAUUGAUAUAAGUUUGCUGUACUCAAAUAAGGGAAAUAUGUUGCAUUUAAUGCAGUUAUCUGAUAACAUUGUAUAAUCGCAUUUAACGGAGUAAUCGGAAAAUAUUGCAUACUUACUACCAAUAUCACACGCAUACAAACAUUUCCACGAAACAUAUAUGGUAAUAUCGAACCAACAUGUAAAGCCGUCGACAUUUUAACACCAUUUAUUAUCGAAAUGUGCGAUCAAAAUACCUCCGUAGACUCUACGUGUUAUGAUGGAGAAAGCGGGGAUUUACAGAAAAGCAUGGAGACUGCGAGUGAAGUGGCAAAUAAGCAGCACACUGCACUAACAAAACAAUGUGGCGCGCUUAACAAAGUGACACAUUCUAUGUUUGAAAGCCAACACAAAGAUUUGGAAGAAGCACACAUUGAAACUGAAAGUGAAUCUGUUGAUGACCCUGAUGGAAUAUCAAAGUUUUUUAAAUCGCUUUUGUGUGGUACUGUAAAACCAAAAAACGUGAAGGAGAAUGAAGAGUCAUAUCAACCCAAAGUGAAACAAACUGAAGAGAACAGUCUUCAGACUGAAUUGUUGUAUCAAGAGAACACAUAUGUUCACAAAGCAAGUAUUCCUAAACUAAUUCCUAAUAUAACGGACGCAGGAAAUCAAUAUGCCUUCAGUUAUCCUGUGCGCGGAUACAUGGUUAUAAUUGUAAACGAAACAUUCAAACAUCAGACGACAAGAAAAGGGUCGGAUCUAGACUGGCAAUACUUACAUCAACUUGCCAGGAAACUCGGUUUUAUUGUGUAUAACAAACACGACACACAUAACGUAUCUAGAAGUCAGACAUUGAAGAUCCUCCUGGAAAUGAGUCGAGCAGAUCAUUCGGGCUGUGAUAUGUUCAUGUUCGCAAUAAGUACGCACGGAAUGAUGCAACCCAACCCUCGGGCAAAAGGGCAAACAGAUCAUGCACUCAUAUGUGCGGACGACAAAAUGAUAUUCACGAGUUCAAUCACCCAAAUAUUCAACGAUGAAAACUGUCCUUCGCUCAAAAAUAAACCGAAGAUUUUCCUAAUACAAGCAUGCAGAGGAGAAGGAUCUGAUUCUGGAAGUGAUGUAACUAUAUUGUGUCCUUCAGUUAAAGUUCAUAAAACCCAAAGGCAGUUUCUGGGCAAUGCUCAAUGUGCAGGGGACGGUUCUCAACAAAUAAAGGACGAUUCUGAUGCCAUGGGCAAGUCCGACAGUGAGACAACUUCAUCGCGAAACGUGUUUAUGGGCACAAGUUAUGGAGCAAGACCCAAUUCGUUUGUCAACCUACGUGCGAUUCGGCAACCGCAUAAGACAGAGCCAAAAGAAACACCCUACCCUGUCGUGGACACCCCGUCACUACGCUGCGACAACGACCAGCUGGUGUUUUACGCGAUUCCACAAGGACAAAUGGCUUGGAGGAGUGAAGGCGAUGGUUCAUGGAUGUUAUAUUAUCUGCACACGAUACUCAACGGACGAGGCUGUGGACAACCGUUGAACCUAUUGAAAACCCUAACGAAGGUUUCGGCACAGAUGUCAAUGAGGACCUCUAACUCGCCGUCCAACUUAAAAUUGCAUGAAAAGAAAGCUGUAUCAAUUAUAGAACACAAAUUAACCCGCGAUAUCAUUUUGACACCAAAGCAGUAUCAUACUCAACACGAACAUAUAGGGAAAUACAGACAAUGGGCAAUUUUACGUAUUUUUUAUCUGUGGAUAAACGCCAGUUCUUAUAACCGCGUUAUGGAGGUAAAAGAUGACGAACGCAAGGAGUGUUGCCGGGUAGAGCAAGCAACUGGAAAAACCGUAUGUCAUACACGUGAUUGUGAACAAGCCGAUUUGUUCAACGAACUCGUGACAUUGGAAAAUAGCGGUGAACACCACCUGUUGGUGAUCGAAAAUGAAAGUCGACAGACAGGGAUAAAUAAUGUUGAAACAGAAAAUUCUGACAAAAACUGUGGCACAGAAGCUACUAGCGACAUCACGAUGCAAACUACUCGUUUAUCCACGGAUAGUUCAUUAAAAAAUAUUAGUUCAUCGAAGAAUAUACAAAUUAAAACAGCCGACUUUCUUUCGGUCAUUAAUACCAUCGAUCAGGAAAAUAAAAUACACUUUCCAGCGACAGAAAAUAGAAAAGCAAUCCCUGACGAAAAACAUAUAGCAGAAAAUAGAAACGAAAUAUGCAUGACGAUUCACACAACGACUUUAAAUAUAAGUAGUGAUUUUGAGAAAGAUGACAGCGAUGAAUACAGAAAAGAUGGAUGUGAUGUGGUUGAUGGUUUAGGAAAAUUAGUAAAACAAAAAGUUAAAACGUUAAUUGUGUGUGCCUCUAGUAAAGGGAUGACAGUGGAUGACGACAGUCUACCAUUCCAAAAAGCAAAUAAAGAAAAGGUAGAUGAAAACGGUGAUAAUUUGUGGGUAAAUAGUCCCUUAUAUGGUAAAGAAACAGAAAUUAACACAUGUACUACAGUUGUACGUGAAAGCGAAGAGAAGGUGAGCAGAGUCAGUGUUGGGCAAGAAGAAUGCGGCCCUUUCACUGUAGCCUCUACAGUGUUCACUUCAGAAUUAACGGAAACCACAAAAGAAACGUGUCAUUUUUUCCUUCCCUCACAGCUCGAUGAAACGAAGACCCAAUCUGCACAAACUGUUCAAAUUUCAAAUACCAAAUGUCAUGGAAAUGGUGUUUUACUUGUUGACCCAUACUAUUUCAAUCGCGGUCACCGAGGCUAUAUGAUUAUCAUUGUUAAUCAAACGUUUAAUCACCAAGCGUUUAGGGAUGGAGCACAUAAAGAUGUUGAGUAUUUAUACAACAUUGCUUACAAACUUCGUUUAACAGUCUAUAAAGGUAAAAAUACAAAUAUGUCCUUCACAGAAACGAAACAGUUGCUCGAAGAUGUGAGGUGUCUCGACCAUUCGGAUAGUGACAUGCUUGCCUUAGGAAUUAGCACACACGGGUUGGAACAACCGAACCCAAAUGCUAAAGGAAAGAGUGACCAUGCCCUUGUGUGCUCAGACGACAGAAUGAUUUUUACCAGCACAAUUACUGAAAUGUUCAGCGACGACAAUUGCCCGUCCCUAAAAGACAAACCAAAAUUAUUCAUAAUCCAAGCUUGUAGAGGUGAAGAACAUGACAGCGGUGCUGACCUUUCGGUGGCAAAAAAGAUCGCUCUUGAUCGAACUUGUGGCGGUAACGCAGAGACUUGUUGGCAGCCAUGCUUGGACGACUCUGACGUGCACUUUGCCAAGGACAGCUGGGCUACCGGUCCUGACAACCAAGGUCAACCUGUACAGCUCCAUGACGACCUCCUGGCUACAACCGGAAAUGAGUCAUUCGCGUUACCCAUGGUUCCUCAGUUCACUUCCACUCAGCUCGUUCGUGAACAACUUGGGUCGAGUCCCCACCUUAAACCUUUCCCCUUCGUUGACACACCGUCCCUAAAGUGCGAGAACAACCAACUUGUUUUCUACGCCAUACCCCCGGGCAUGUUUGCGUGGCGGAACACAGAGGACGGCUCCUGGAUGCUGUAUUACCUAAACAAUCUUAUUGAGAUGUGUGAUGACAGACGGCCAAUUAAUAUGCUAAAACUCUUGUUAAAAGUGAACGCUGUGAUGGCUCGGAGGACUACUAACGUCCCUUCUGAUAAAAAUCUCGAUAAAAAGAAGGCGAUAUCAGUUGUAGAACACAAACUUACUAGGGACUUGAUCUUUCCGCCGUUAGUGAAAUGAUCAAUUACAAAAAAGUGUGAUGUACGAUGAUAUUUGAAGAUUCUUCUAAAAGAACCAGUGUAAUAUACCAAUCAGUUUAUUUCUAUGUUCUGUUAAAAUUUCUCUUUCAAAAUCGUAUUUUACAAUAAACAAACAAAUGGAACAAAAGUUUCUGCAUACACCAGCAAGUAAGAGCUUUUUUCAUUGGCCGAUGUCGACAAAAAGAUGGUUUAUAUUUCACCUUCAAUACUAUUAUCUGGUAGAAUGAGCUUUGCAAAAUAUCAACAGACUGCUUUGUAAUCAAUUUUUGACAGAAUAAGUCGUGCUGAUUUGAAAAUUAAAGGGUAAAACAAAUGCAACCCAUAUAUUGAUUGAUUUGGUUCUGCUCGCACUUAUAUUUAUACACAUAGUUAAUAUCAAGGUCUUAGCCCAGUUUUACCAUAUAUAUUAAUUGUUGUUGUUUUUAAGAAAUUUGACGUCGGUUUUCUUUCUCAAGAGUUUGCUGUGUCUCAUUUUGCUCGAGUAAAUUUACAUUUAACCUUAUACUAAUGUAUACGUUUUUAUUUUCCAUUGUUUUGCAAUAAAGUCAAGUUAAAUGUUUAAUGUAUAUACUCUGAUAUAAUUCUGUUUUUCUUUUUGUCUGUUAGCAUAACACAAUUUAGUCAUUUAAUAUUGCAUAUAAGCACGUUUCCUUUAUAUUUUAUUUUGUUUGUUUAUUGUGAAGGGAUACUACUCAUCUGAGUUUUAUCCCAGGAUAGGGUACGAUAUAUCAACAGUCUUAAAACAUUAAAAUAUGCUUUAUUCGUGUUAAUUGUUUUCACUGUGCUCUGUUUCAAACUACAUCGAUGAUUCUCUUGUAAGAUAGGCACACUUAUAUUUAUUUUGCUAUUUUUGUUUUGUUUUGCGUUUUUUGCUUUAUGUUGUUGAUCUUGUUGAUCUGACAGAUCUCAUCUUUAUAAAAUUUUAUACACAAUAAUUCCAGUAUGUUUGACAAAUGUUGUACCUGCGCACACAUAUUUUGCUGGUUCUCAUGGUCAACAGUUUCACGUUAUUAAUUGAUGUGUUCAAGACGGACAUCGCAUGCUUUAUAUGCACAUAAGUUCACAAGUUCGCAUGUAGUUGUUCAAGCUCAGUUUCUGCAGGUCAUGACAAUAUGUUAAUAAUCGUACAAUAAUAUUGGAAAGAUCAUUAUGUAUAUACCCUACGUGAGACCGAUUGUCGUCCCAUAUUAGUCACAUUAUACAUGGUAAUUGACCGAUAUAAUCCUCGUGCCGUUUACUCUAUAAUUCAUUGCAAUAAAAUGCGUUUUGUUUUUAGUACGCGAAUCUUCAUUAAAGAAUGUUUAAAUAACGUUGAAAAUCAAUACGCAUUUGUAAUAAAUUUUAAUUCACUUAUUCUGCUUUUGUGUUCAUUAGUUAAACCAUAACGUAUGUAUGCUUUGUAAUGAUAUACCGGUGUCUUUUAUUGCGAUUAGUGAUUAAUACUGGUGUUAUACCUUGAAAUUAUUUUAUGUGUAACUUUUUAACUAUCUUCACUGACGAUGUUGCAGUGCGUUUUAUUACAAUUGUAUGCGCGUGUUUAGUAAAUGCGAACGUUGACAAUUGUUUUUGUCCUAAAUAAUUUCAAUUGUAACCUAAGUUGUACAUUUCUUUUGAAGACUUUGUUUUUGUGACAUAGAUUUUCUUCCUUGUGUUUGUUUUAUAGAUUGUUGCUAAUAGUAUAUGUUAUUUUCACGUAGCCUUAGCACAUACUAUUAAAUUGACAUCGUGAAUAAAAAAAAAUCACAAACAGGUCAUGUUUAGUACACGUGAUACUAGUAAAUAUUUUACAUAAACCAGUCUGGUUUUGCACGAAUCCAGGUCAAUACAAAUAUAUGUAAUUUAUAUUGGUAAGCGCACUAAUAUAAAGAGAUAAAUAAAUAUGUAAGCGGCCCUCGUGUUUUAACCUAUAUCGUUCUGAUGAAACUAAAAUUGAUUGACGUAAAAUCAUGCUUUUCGAGAUACUUAAGAUGCAUAAAUACGUAUUUUAAAGACGCAAACAUGUAUUUCGCGCGUGUCAAACAUUAAAAGAAGGUAACAUCCCAAACAAACUCAAAUAAAAACUUUGAAAAUCACAAAAUAUUGCAGAGAGAAAAGGUUCUUGAAACCAACAUAUUUUAACGAAAUAAUAUGCAAUUCGAAUAAAAAAAAUAAAGCCUCAAUAAAUAA